UUUUGUGACGUCACAUACUAUAUACAGUAUUCGAAAUUUAGAUAUGUAGGCUCUCAUUUACCCGGAAAAUUGCUCCUAUUUUAACAUUUUAUUCAUUUAUUGUAACGUAGAUAAAUUGUGCAUAUGUUGCCUGAAGUGACUUAGUGGAUUAAAAGUGCCAUGUUUAAGUGUAUUCCAAUUUUCAAGGCGUGUAAUCGCCAGGUAGAGUGGAUAGACAGAAGACACUGUAACCUACAGUCGGUACCCGACGAUGUGAUGCGGUAUACUCGAUCGCUUGAAGAAGUAUUUCUAGAUGCAAACAGUAUAAGGGAGUUACCAAAGAACUUCUUUCGGCUCGUUCAGCUGAGAAAAGUAACUUUAAGCGACAAUGAAAUUGGGAAAUUACCGCAUGAUGUGGCCCAGUUGGUCAACAUGGUUGAGUUGGACAUCAGCAGAAAUGAUAUUGGUGAAAUACCAGAAAAUAUCAAAUUUUGCAAGAAUCUACAAGUCUUGGAUAUCAGUAGUAAUCCCCUAGUCACACCGUUACCUUCUGGAAUAACACAGUUACGGAACUUGACACAUCUUGGUCUCAACGACGUAUCUCUGUCAUGGCUACCCAAGGACAUUGGCAGCCUAAGCAGCCUGGUGUCUCUAGAGUUAAGAGAGAACAUGAUCCGACAGCUGCCAGCUUCUAUGUCAUUCCUUGUUAAGUUAGAGAGUCUAGACCUAGGAAGCAAUGAGCUGGAUGAGUUGCCGGACACAAUUGGUUCUCUACCGGGCCUGCAGGAGCUCUGGUUGGACUGUAACGACCUUGCUGAACUACCUCCAGCGAUAGGCAACUUAAAGAAGUUAACCCAGAUUGAUGUAUCAGAAAACGUGUUAGAAUUCAUUCCAGAAGAGAUCUCGGGUCUUUCAAACCUCACUGAUCUCUGUCUAUCACAGAACAACCUGGAGCGCCUACCAGAAGGAAUCGGGCAACUAAAGAAACUAAGUAUAAUGAAAGUAGAUUCGAACAGACUUAUUGAACUCACAUCACAAGUUGGAUACUGCGAAAGUCUAGAAGAAUUGAUUUUAACAGAAAACCUUUUAUCAGAAUUACCAAAUACAAUAGGGAAGUUAAAGAAGAUGACCAACUUUAAUGUGGACAGAAAUAGACUUACUGAAAUCCCAGUUGAUAUUGGUAAAUGUCAGAGGUUAGAUAUUUUGUCAAUGAGGGACAAUCGGUUACUAAGAUUACCACAAGAGCUAGGCAACCUCAAAGAUCUCCAUGUAUUGGAUGUGUCUGGAAACAGGUUGGAGUACUUACCAAUCACAGUGACCAACUUAAACCUCAGUGCACUGUGGCUGUCCGAGAACCAGGCACAGCCGAUGCUAAAGUUCCAGACGGACUUUGACGAGCGGACGGGUCAGAAGGUUCUAACAUGCUUCUUACUUCCACAACAGGCAUUCCACACUGAAAGUAUGGUUUUAGGUCAUUCAACUAACCUUGACCCAUUAAUGCAGAUGGAAUUGGCUAAUCGUGCCCGCUUCCACGGUGGCGGCACAUUGAUUAUAAGCCAGGGUGGGGCCGAGAAUCUCCUACAAGGCAGUAUCGCGACAGAUCGUGACAGUCGCCUCAGCUGGAAGGAGGAGAAACCAGAGAAAGUACGGGAAAGUGUGAUACGCUUCGCAGAGUCGGAUAAAGAAGAAGAGGAAGGUGACAGUGGGGAAGAUGACUUUGACAAGCCAUUUGUACGACAUGAUACACCUCAUCCACGGGACCUGCGGGGUAAACAUCCAAAGUUCAAAGCUACAAAAGGUAUUGAUGGCCAUGUUAUACCACACCAUGAACAGAAAAAUCAGGUGAGCUCAUUCGUGCCAAUGAGAGACAGCAGUGCUGACAUAGAAAUAGAAAUUCCUCCGCCCCCUAAACGGGAAAAACCGCCAGUACCUGAGAGGAAGUCAUCAGUCCGUGAUGAAGCUGUUUUGAGAGCCCCAGAGUUGGAAACGAAGAGACUAGACUCGGAACCUCGUCAGCAUUUCGGAGGGAAGGAAGAAGAGGAAGAGGAGCCUCCAAAAGAAUCGCAACCGUUGCUACGUGAGGUAACCAUAGUUACAACAACAACAACUUUACCACAGGUGGCGGCCCAGAUGGAGCACGAUGACGAUGCGGACGAGGAGGAGGAGAACGAGGGUGAGAAUGAGGAGGAGGAGAGGGAUGAGGGAAUAGACGAGGCUGACGAGGAGGCUGAACAUGAGGCCGAGGAUAGUCAUGAGGAGGAAGAAGACAUGGAUGAUGAGGAAUACACAUAUCAGGAAAGGACCGUAGGUUUUACACAGGACCUUGAUUUCGAUGAGGACGAGCGCAAAACGCCGUUGCGUAGACGUGACACGCCGCAUCAUAAAAAAGGCAAGAGAAUAGUCAUAUCAGAUGAUGCUAAAGACAGAGUGCUGGAAAUACUUGCAAAGACUACACAAAAGGAGCUCGAGGAGCAAGAAAUAAUAGAGGAGGAAUACACAAUAAAUAUACACCGGGAACCAGGACAAGGUCUAGGCAUCAGUAUUGCUGGGGGUAAGGGCUCAACCCCAUACAAAGGUGAAGAUGAGAGUAUCUUUAUUUCGAGAGUUUCGGAAGAUGGACCAGCUGGUUUAGCAGGAAUUAAAGUAGGAGACAAGCUCAUGUCUGUAAAUGGUAUAGUUCUUAAUGACUCGGACCAUUACGAGGCCGUAGAUGUAUUAAAGGGCAGUGGUAAUGACAUCACUAUGGUGGUCGGCCGGGAAACAAUCAUCACACGGAAGACAGAAGAUGAUGAAGAAGAAGAUGAAGAAGUGACAGAAGAACAAAUACAGGUUCAGGAAGAUGUGAAUGUACAUCUACAGGCAGAGAAUGUUACUCAACCAGCUAUGACUGCCAGUUUCGCAACAGUUACUUUUGAACCUGAGCCUGGAACUGAUGUAUAUGGUGAGAAGAUAGAAACGGUGCUGCACCGGGAUGCCGGAGGUCUUGGGUUCAGUAUUGCUGGAGGUCGGGGAUCUGUUCCAUAUAAAGGAAAUGAUAACAUAUUUUAUUCAUUUCUUGAGGCAAUAUACAUCUCUCGUAUUGUUGAAGGAGGACAAGCAGCUAGGGACAAUAAGCUUCAAGUUGGCGAUAAAAUUCUCUCUAUAAAUGGAGUUGAUUUAACAGAUGCGAGACAUGAUCAGUUAUCCCCUAAGACCCCGAUCCCCCCCCCCCUUCCUGUGGCCCCCACCCCCAGGCUAACACCCAAGCACCAAUUUUUCCCCACCUCACCACCCCCAAUGCAUUUGCUUUUCCCCUUUUCAUCGAUAAAUACCCACCCCAGAGUCCCCCCGUCACAAUCUUCAAACCAAGUCGCGUCUCCGUCAUUGAGUCCGCGUACCUUAUCAUCGGAUUGGAAUUCACCGCCAGCGGCAAUUCAGCCUCCAAAAUUCCAAUAUCCAGGAUUUAAUCGUCCUGGUUCACGGACUUCAGGAUCUGAACGUAAGGAGGCUAGUGUGACGAAAAAGGAUACUUCUAGUAUAAACAAUGUGUCGCCAGUUUCAAAUAGCAUACCAUACUCUGUUAAUAGUGUAAAUAUAAACAAUAAUAAACCUAGUGAUAAAGAGACCGAUCCAGGUCAUCGGACAAUGGCCGUAGAAAGACAAACUAUUCAAAUGCCUAAACCAGCAGCUCCUAGUGAGCCUGUGGCUAAUCAUGUAGACGAUUAUAUAGAUAGUAAAUAUCCACUCGAAGACUGUGUUAUAGUGAAAGCUGGUGGACCAUUAGGUUUAAGUAUUGUAGGGGGAAGUGACCAUUCAAGCUCUCCAUUCGGGGAAGAUCAACCAGGAAUUUUUGUUUCAAAGAUUGUACCAGAUGGGGCAGCAUCCAAGACAAAUUUACAUAUAGGUGAUAGGAUACUUGAGGUAAAUGGUAAAAACAUGAAGAAUGCCACUCACCAGGAAGCAGUCAUGGCAUUGAUAGCUCCUACCUAUGAAAUUAGGGUCAAAGUUCGACAUGACCCACCACCUAAAGGCCUACAGGAGCUGACAGUAGUAAAGAGACCUGGGGAAAAGCUAGGGAUGUCCAUCAAGGGAGGGGUGAAGAAUUUUCCUGGAGAUGAAAGUAACGAUGAAGGAAUUUUUAUAUCAAGGAUUACCGAUGACGGAGCUGUAUCAAGAGAUGACAGACUGAAAGUAGGUCAGCGAAUACUUGAAGUAAAUGGACAGAGUCUGCUGGGUUCAACCCAUCAAGAAGCUGUGCGGGCACUGCGCAGUGUCGGAGAUCGCCUAGUCAUAAUGAUCUGCGAUGGGUUCGAUCCAGCGUCACUGGACGAGCCAUCACCGGACACGCCUAGCUCGCCACUAGGGUACAUGCCCCAGAUGAGGCGAGACUCUGCUACUAAUAUAGACAAAGAAGAUGCAGAGCACCUCCUUAUUAAGAAGGAACAAGAACUUGUGAAGGAAACUUUGCAGUGGGAGAAAGAAGAACUUGCCCGGCUGGAGAAGCAACGUUUAGAGAGAGAGGAGCAGGAAAAACAGGUCGAGGAGCAGGCCAGAAUUCUGCAGCAAGAACAUGAUCAAAUCAAAGGGCCUGAACUUCUACAACAGACUGUGAUUGCCCCUCAAGUGCCUCAGGAAUCCCCUGCCCCUUCUUCAUCCCAAAGUGUACAGCUGCUGGUAAAGCCAACCCCUCCGCCUGUGAACCCUAAGCCUGUACUGAACAAACCACGAGCCACUCCACCAGUGCCCCCAAAACCCGCCAUUAUUCCACCAGCUAAGGGUUCACCAAAGCUCACACCAAAGGGACCCAAACCAAAAACUCUGCCACCCAAACCAGUAGUGCCACAGAAGCAGGGUGUCGAAGACAUUUUGAAGCAGGCCCGUACGCCAUCGGCAAACCUCUCCAGCAGUAAUGUGAUGAAGACGCCAGAGAAGCCGGUGUAUGGUGGAUCAAAGCCUAUUGCCAGAGAGGGAGGCUCAUUUAAUACAAAAAAGAGGUUCUUUGAAAUGGAAAUACAUGAACAACAUAAACUGGAAACAACUCAGGCUAAACCAUUCAGAUAUUUUUCGGAGCAUGAACUUGCUAAAAUGAGAAAAGAAGAAGCUGACAAAGCUCUGCGGAUGUCAAAGGAAGAAUUAUUAUCUAAAGUGUCUGAGGGUGUUGGUAGCGGGGAUGAAGAGUAUAAUAAAGUUCUGUCUAGUCCCCCCAAUGUGAUGCGAACACUGGACCCCUCGACGGCUCAUACCCCUUCAAAUAAUGUCCAAAUGUCAAGUGGGCCAUCACAAGGUCAUAAAUUAUCUCCGGCAGAAGAACGAGCCAUACAGGCCGAGCAAAGAGCGGCCUCACGGCAGGCUAGGAUGAAGGACCUUGAAGAUGAUGCUAUACGAGCUCAAGCUGUCAUUGCUAAAGCUCAAGAGCUUCAAAAUGAUGAUAGUAAAAGUAGCAGCAAGGCAGCCACCAACCAGAAUGGAGAUUCUGAGGCUCAGGUAAAUCAGUUGUCUAGUAUGUCCCCUGUGAAGCUUGUAAUCUGCAAGAGGCCCGGUGAUACCUCUGUCCGGGAGAAAUGUCAGGUGAUAGAUGAGAAAGUCUCGCACAAAACUGUUGAGGUUAUUGAUGAAAAAACGGGCAAACCGACAAUUCAGAGGCUACAACUUGUGCAAAAAGUUGUCGAGACCGAGGUAGAGGUAACUAAAAGACAAAUUAUUGAGCUCAAUUUAGAUGAUAGUUCUUCUCCUAUGAGUAGUUCUAAUGAAAGUCGGUAGUCUUUCAUUUUCCUAGUAACCUUGGUGUUCAUUGGCUAUAGAAGUAUUCGUGCAGGCUAUAACAACAACAGACAACUCUUCGGCUGAGGCCGUUCUCUAGAUAUCGUUCAAUAUAGCCUGAUAAAACCAAGCGAAACCAUAGCACACUCGAGUGAUCGCAUCCAAAAACAGUUCACAGGGUUUACAUAGAAAAUCUGCUUGGUUUUUACCUUUGUGUGCCAUUUUGCUUUGCAUAGGGGAAAAAAACGGCAGGUUUUUGGUAUUCUGGGAAAGGAUUCUCUUUUCGAAAUAAAAGUUACGCUCGACCUGUGGAGCGUUCACCAAACGGAUGUGAUGGUAUGCAUAAAUGUUGGAAUGCCUGGGAUUGAUCAGGGUUUAUAUAUUCAUGUUUCUUAUAUAAACUAUACAGACCUCUGCUUAGGAAAUGCCUUAAUCAUAAAGUGUAUAACUCAAGCACCAUAUGUAUAGUCAAAACAAAUCAACAUUUUUUCUUUGCUUUUCUAUAGUAAAACUUAGAAAAAAAGGCAUCCUUGAAUAUACAAUGAUCUUUUAUAUUGUUUUGUGAUGUACCUAGUAUUUCCCCUGAAUUGCCCAAAGUGACAGAGUGAUAGAGGCAAAAAUUAUUUUUUUGUUACAUAGGUUGUCUUUAUGCUUAAAUUUUUAUUAUGUAAGUAAUUUUUUUGUAAUUGUAUAGUUUUUUUUUUAAACAGAUUUUAGUGAAACUACAAUGUUUAUUAGAGUUUUUGGCAGUGGGAAUAAAAAUAUUUUUAUUUCAGUUUUAUAGUUAUGAUCUUAAGUAUGGAAAUAUUGUUUUUAAAGUAAGUGCAUACAUUAUUAAACAGAGCUAAAAAUAAAAAUGAGAUGGGGGUUAUAGAGACAAGGAAGUGAGUUCAAAUUUGUGUUUGCUGAGAGGUGAUUAUGAAACAGAACAUAACAAAAGAGGAACAUAGAUUCUGUAUGUAGCGGCCAACUUGUUUCUCUCUCCCCAUGAUUCUUAAAAAGCUCAAUGUAGAUGGAUCUCUGGCUUUUUUUUUCAGAAUGAUUAAAAAAAUAUUAAUAAAAAAAAGGAACAAUUGAAAAAUAGAAAAACUUUUUCGAAAUAUGAUAUUACAGCCUAACCUCAAAUAAAAAAAAAUACUAUUUAGCAAAAUGUUAAUCUGCUAUUUGAGAAUUAAGAUUUUGUUGACAUUUAGAAAGUAUUUUCGUGGAAAAUGUGAUAAAAUUAUCUAUAUUUCAUGCUAAUUUAUGAAAAUUGUUUCAUCAGUGAGGUAUAAUGUAUAUUAUUCACUGUUAAUAAGUCUUUGCGACAACUACCUGUAUUUCGUCUUUGACAUAACAAGAUAAGAAAAUUUAAGUUUGUUUGUUGUGAAUAUGGUAUUUGUAUAUUACUUUGAUGUGAUAUUUUACAUAUUUCACUUGUUGUCUAUGCUGGUGAAAAUUAAAUGCAGUUUUUCACAUCGAAGUGAAAUAUAUUCCAUAUUCACUAAAAACAAGCAAUCCUUCAUUUCCAAAUAAAUCAUAUAUACAUCUGUAAUUUUUAAUAUGCUUUGAUUCAUUGAUUUUUUCCCCCUCGAAAAAUAUGUCAAUAUUGACUUUUUCAUAUAUGUACUUAUAUUCAUAUUUUAUUCAUAAAAUAAACCAUUGUUAUGCAGGAUUGAAUUGAAAUGCUAAAAAUAAAUAAUCUAGUUUGUGGUAAAUUGUAUGUAUUUAUAUCUUAAGCAGUUUUGUGUUCAAGCAAGGUUAAAUUUUUCUCUUUAUCUCUCUCUUUUUUUCUCUCAUAGUCAUAUGUGUUUUGUCGCAUUUGUUUUCUACUCCAAACAAUUCGUAAUUUCGAGGAGUAGAAAUGUAUUUUUCUACCAUAAUCUGUGAUUUUUUUCUCGUCAAUUUUAUUCUUUCUUGCAUAUGGGUGCAAAAUGUUUAUUAUAUUUGUUAAAAGCAGAUUUAGGGACUUAAUUAUGAAAGACAUCAAAAUUUGGUUUCUUGAAUUCAAUAAUAAUAUUUUGUUUACUUUUGGAAUAGAUAUUUGAUGUCAAAGAUUUAUAAAUAAAGAAAUUUUGAAUAAAGAAAUUUUCAAGAUACAGACAUUUUUUAAACAUGAUGUAUUGAAGCACAAGACACAGUUUUGUCACGAUUUCUGGUGAUUUUUAGCUUGUCUAUUCUUAGAAUAGAGAGAGCUACAUGUAUUGUUCUCACCUAUGAAUCGGUGUUAAAGUUAACUUUGAUUAAGUUGUCGUGUGCUAGUUGGUAUAUCCAAAACUACUGAAGGGAAUGAGUUGAAACCUCACACACUUAUUUGAUGGCUCAUAGGAGGUCACUGUCCAGGCUUGGAUUUUGACAGAAUUAUGACCCUUUUUGAACAUUAAAAAUUCUACAUUAUCCAGACUCUUGUUUUACUAUCAAGCAUAAAAAAAUGCUUCCUUGCAUGUGAAAAAUAUAUACCUAUAUCACCCACUGGAUGAUAUUUAUAGGGGAAGCUUCAGUUGUUAAAAAAUAAAGAAGAUUGCAUUAAAAGUAAAAGGAAUUUAUGUUAGAGUGUUAAAAUGGAACAUAUCUGCUUGAAGUAAAAUAAUAUUUGUAUUUCACUCAUGCCGAAAGCUUUUGCACAUAUUUGAAAUGUGUCACUUUCUGGAAAACAUAUUUUAUAUUCACCUAAAAACAAAUUUUCUAUCACUGUAAUCAGUUAUUCUUGUAUUGAAUGCCGUUAUAAUUUUCAUAUCAUAUUCUGAUAUUAACAGCUAGUAACAAUUAUUAUUUCAGUUGCAUGUAUGAAAUGCACUCAAAUUAAGAAAAUUCUUACAGUUACUCAGCAAAUCACGUCAUAUUAAAAUAUGAUUGUAUUUUAUUUUUUAUUACAUAAUAACAUAUCAUUUAAAGAAGCAGAAUACAUAUCGCUUUAUUAUAAACCUAAACUUUGUAAUCACAGUUUUCACAAGAGUAGGGGCCAGCAAAAACAGGUUUUUAUGAAAGCAACUGGCUUCAAAAUCUGGCAUUUCAGAAAAUAAAACCUCUUAAACCUAACAGUUGGAACUUGCAGAAAACUAUGCGUUUUAAUUUAGUGCCCGCUUAUAGGACGCACCCCUUUCUCAGUACAAAUAUAUUCAUACUUAUAAUAGUAUGAAUACUAGGACUUAUGAAUGAAUAAAUAAAAUAUAUCAAGCAAAAUUUUUUUACUAAUGAUUAAACUUAAAUGAUCGCAAAGACUGACAUACUGAGUGAAUUCUUGUGUUUAUCCUUAAGAAAAUAAUCUAGUAUAAUGUUGAGAUAACAAAAGUUUUUGUUGUAGAUGUAUUUCUGUAGGGUACCUGUAGGGGCAGUGAUAUAAUCAUGUCAUAGUUUUGUUUAUUACCGUUUAUAUAUAGUAAACUAAUCUCUCAAAAAGUAAUAAAAUUAUAUAGGAGAUUCAUGUGCAAUAUACGUCACCCAAUUUUUUUUUAAAGUAAUUGAAAUCUAUUAUUGUAGAGUUGAUCAAAGAAGACCAGCUUUGAAACAGAUGGGAUGAUCCCUUAUCAAUUGUUAGGAUGUUCCCAUAUCAAAUUUGAGGGUGUUCCCUUAUCAAAUACAUGUGUUAGGUUAUUUCCUUGUCAAAAUUUAGGGUUUUCCUUUAUCAAAUGUUAGGGUGUUUCCAUAUCAAAUGUUAGGGUGUUCCCUUAUCAAAUGUUAGGGUUUGAUAGGUUGUUCCCUAAUCAAUUUUUAGGGUGUUCCCAUAUCAAAUGUUAGGGUUUCUCUUAUCAAAUGUUAGGGUGUUCCAUUAUCAAAAUUCAGGACUUUCCCUUAUAAGAUAUAAUUAUGUAACUAAAAGAGUUCAGGUAGACGGUCACUGUACAUACAUGUAUCUUAACAGUUAAAGUCAUGAUCAAAAACUUAGAAUUACAUGCAUAUAGAGUCUGACUACUUAGAGAAAGUUGGAAAGUAUGUAUAGUAAAGAUUCAUGGGCAAACAAUUAAGUACAUUUUUUG